AUGCCUAUAGUCUCUCCCACAUCAUUGACCACCUUUCCACCCUUCGAGACGCAUCAAGACAACCACGACCCACAGCACGACUCGCCGCUCGAGUUCACAUUCGACGAACCCUUUGAGUUCGAUUCGUUGGCAGUCAAGCCCGAAAUGGCCGGUGCUGGUUCUCCUUUUAUCAAGUCUGAACCUACCGACUUCUCCUUCCAAUCACACCAAUACCACCAGCAGCCAUCGGCUUUCAACAUGAAUUCACAUCACAUGCAAAACGGCAUGAACGGUGGUGGCGACCACGCCAUGGGUAACUCCAACUUCAACUCGGCUUUUGCUCCUCAGAACAUGUCGUCGAGUUUCAAUAUGGGCAAUUCAGGCCUCGCCGACGACGAACUGCUCGACGGCAUCAACAUGGACGAUGGUCACCACCACGCCAACAUGCAUCAAGGCCAGUUCAACAACGGCAACAUGAACCAGCACUUCCUUACCCAAGGCAGCAUGCCCAUGUCCAUGGGCCAACAGCACCUGAACAGCAACAGCAACUUCUACUCAUCUACACCAGAGGGUGCCCCUAUUCAGUCACCUUUCGUCAACGACUUCAACUAUGGCCAGUUUCGCCCUCAGUACAGCGUGCCAACCACAGGUGGUUACAUGAACGGCCUCAACGCCCCACAGGUCCACCAGAUGGAACGCAAGAUCUCUGAUUCACGUUCGCCUGCCACACCAAACACUCCUGGCAUCUCCAACCUGCAUCUGGGCGAACCAGAAUACCCUUCUACAACCAUGGCCCAACAGCCUCGCGCUAUUGUGGGACACAGACACAGCUCGAGCGUCAACAACUGGGAGAACGUAUCGAAUCCUCACUCCUGGCAAGACGUCUCGCCAUUCGGCUCGCCAUCAAAUCCUAUGAUGCAGCACCAGCAGCAUCCUCAAAUCACCGAGGUCCUCAAGUCCUCGAAUGCAGGCGCCAAUGGCAAGAUAGCAUCGUCGUUGCCCGCAAAGAUGGAGAACNCCCCUGCUUUCCAGACUCAAGAAGCCAAACGAAAGCGUAGAAGAGAAUCGCAUAACCUCGUUGAGCGCAGAAGACGCGACAACAUCAAUGAACGCAUCCAGGAUCUCGCUAGCCUCGUUCCUAUGCACAGAUUGGAGGACGAGCGAGUUCGAAAGCACCUUCAGACAAACGCUCCUCUCUCACCUUCCAUCGUAGCUACUGGCAUGUCUCCUUCUCAGGCCACGUCUCUGUUGGCUGGAGGUAAUGGAAGAAGGGCCACUACCACAAGCGUGGGUACCGGCCUGCCCAUGGACGACAAAGACAAAGGUCCCAACAAAGGCGAUAUCCUCAACGGGAGCGUCGCCUGGACUAGAGACCUGUUGUGGUACCUGAAGCAAGUUCUCGAUGAGAACGCCGAGCUGAAGGCAAGAGCCCGUGCUCGAGGUGAUGACUGGUCUGCCACCAUGACCGAAGAUGGAAGACGCAUGGAGACUGAAACCCGCGAGCUCAUGCAGAAGCUCAUUGCCACGAACAACCUUCAAGACUACAGCAGAGGCCACGGUUCUGGACUCCGAGUCCCCGGCCACACCAACCUUGCCGGCGAACCGCUCCAUGGACAAGAAGGCCAGUCCAACUACGGUCAAAGCCUUAGCCCUGGCUUCCAGAGUGGAAGUGGUGGUAUCAGUCCUGUCCAAGGAUAUUGGCCCUCCGCCGACGAACCCGUCUUCAAGGAAGAGGACGAGUUCACCAUCAACGACCUCUAA